AUUUGCUCUCUCUCUCUCUCUCAACCAUUUUUGCCCUUUUAUUUGUCAGUCCACACUCCACUUCUCCCCUCACUCCCUCUCUCUCUAGAAUCUCGGUGAUCUUCUCUCUUCAGUCGCGGCGGCGUCUGCGAAGCUUUCUUUAUCUGGCAAUGGACCCACCCGAGCAUAAUGGGAAUGGGGCUCCACUCGAGCAUGAUGGUAAUGGGGCUCCACCCGAGCAUGGUGGUAAUGGGGCUCCGGAAGCUCUGCCCGCUCCUCCUCCAGUUCCUCCAAAUGUUACUCCUUUAAAAGUUCAACCAGAACCAGAAUCUAAAAAGGUUGUGAGGGUCCCAAUGGCUAGACGUGGCCCUGGAACAAGAGGAAAUAGGGUCCCUAUCCUGACAAAUCAUUUCAAAGUGAAUGUGGCCAGUGUUGAUGGGCACUUUUUUCACUACAGUGUUGCCCUUUUUUACGAGGAUGGUCGCCCUGUCGAUGGCAAGGGCGUUGGUAGGAAAGUGCUUGAUCGGGUUCGUGCGACAUAUGAGACCGAGUUGGCAGGCAAGGAGUUUGCUUAUGAUGGAGAGAAAAGUUUGUUCACUGUUGGUUCGCUUCCACGUAAUAAGCUAGAGUUCACUGUUGUGCUUGAGGAUGUUACAUCGAGUAGGAACAAUGGCAAUUCCAGCCCUGGAAAUGAAAGUGAUAGGAAAAGGUUAAGACGUCCAUACCAAUCCAAAACAUUCAAAGUAGAGAUCAGCUUUGCUGCUAAGAUUCCUAUGCAGGCGAUUGCAAAUGCUUUACGUGGCCAAGAAUCUGAGAACUCUCAGGAAGCAUUACGUGUUUUAGAUAUCAUAUUAAGGCAGCAUGCAGCAAGGCAGGGAUGCUUGCUGGUUCGUCAAUCUUUCUUCCAUAAUGAUGCACAGAAUUUUACUGAUGUUGGGGGUGGUAUUCUUGGUUGCCGAGGAUUCCAUUCCAGCUUUAGAACCACCCAAAGUGGCUUGUCUUUAAAUAUCGAUGUUUCCACGACCAUGAUUAUCCAGCCAGGGGGUGUUGCUGACUUUCUGUGUGCCAAUCAAAAUGUGAGAGAUCCGUUCUCAGUUGAUUGGGCAAAGGCCAAACGCACUCUUAAGAAUUUGAGGAUUACAACAAGUCCAACAAACCAAGAGUACAAAAUAACUGGGUUAAGUGAAAUGCCUUGCCGGGAACAACGGUUCACACUAAAGCAGAAAAACAAUGAUGGCGGCUGUGAUGGUCAAGAAAAAGAAGUGACUGUCUAUGAUUACUUUGUUAACCAUAGGAAAAUCGAUUUGCGAUAUUCUGCAGACUUACCUUGCAUUAACGUCGGAAAGCCUAAGCGACCAACUUAUGUACCGAUUGAGCUAUGUUCUCUAGUCUCUUUGCAACGUUACACAAAAGCUCUAUCAACAUUCCAGCGAUCCUCCUUGGUGGAGAAAUCACGACAGAAACCGCAAGAAAGGAUGUUGGUUCUGAGUAAUGCUUUGAAAAUUAAUAACUAUGGUGCUGAGCCUAUGCUUCGUGCUUGUGGUGUUUCAAUCAAUAAUAGCUUUACUCAGGUUGAAGGCCGUGUUCUGCCAACCCCCAAGCUCAAAGUUGGUAAUGGUGAAGAUUUGUUUGUUCGUAAUGGGAGAUGGAACUUUAACAAUAAGAAAUUUGCUAAUCCAUGUAAGAUAGAUCGUUGGGCUGUUGUAAACUUCUCUGCCCGCUGUGAUAUACGUGGCCUGCUUAGAGAUCUAAAGAAAGUUGGUGAAGCAAAAGGAGUAGCUGUAGAUGAACCCUUUGAUGUGUUUGAAGAAAAUCAGCAGUAUCGUCGAGCACCGCCCUUGAUUAGAGUGGAGAAAAUGUUUGAAGAGGUGCAGUCAAAGCUUCCUGGCCCACCUAGGUUUCUGCUUUGUUUGCUUCCAGAGCGAAAAAACUGUGACAUUUAUGGCCCUUGGAAACGUAAAAACUUAUCUGAUUUUGGAGUUGUUACACAAUGCUUGGCUCCAACACGAGUGAAUGAUCAAUAUCUGACAAAUUUGCUGCUAAAGAUCAAUGCCAAGCUCGGUGGUGUGAGCUCAAUGCUAGCAGGUGAGUUGCCGGCUACAAUUCCAGUGGUAUCAAAGGUCCCCACACUUAUUCUUGGCAUGGACGUGUCUCACGGCUCACCUGGACAGUCGGACAUUCCAUCAAUUGCUGCGGUGGUUAGCUCAAGACAGUGGCCAUCAAUUUGUCGUUAUAGAGCAGCUGUUCGAACUCAAUCUCCGAAACUUGAAAUGAUGGAUUCUCUGUACAAACGGGUGUCAGAAACUGAAGAUGAUGGCAUUAUGCGUGAACUUCUUGUGGAUUUCUAUACUAGUUCUGGGAAAAGGAAGCCAGACCAGAUAAUUAUUUUCAGAGAUGGAGUGAGUGAAUCUCAGUUUAAUCAGGUUCUGAAUAUUGAACUAAAUCAGAUUAUAGAGGCGUGCAAGUUCCUCGAUCCGAACUGGUCUCCCAAAUUUGUGGUUAUUAUUGCACAGAAAAAUCACCAUACAAAAUUCUUUCAGCCGAACUCUCCUGAAAAUGUGCAGGCUGGGACAAUAAUUGACAAUAAAGUUUGCCAUCCCAAGAACAAUGACUUUUACCUGUGUGCACAUGCAGGGAUGAUUGGGACAACGAGACCAACACACUAUCAUGUCCUUCUGGAUGAGGUUGGCUUCUCCCCCGAUGAGCUGCAGGAGCUUGUCCACUCGCUGUCCUAUGUGUACCAGCGCAGCACCACUGCAAUAUCUGUUGUUGCCCCUAUAUGCUACGCUCACUUAGCAGCGACCCAGUUGGGGCAGUGGAUGAAGUUCGAAGAUGCAUCAGAGACAUCAUCUAGCCACAACGGGUCCGGGCCAGGAGCUGCUCCCCCGGUUCCUCCGAUGCCUAAGCUAAAUGAAAGUGUUCGUAACUCCAUGUUCUUCUGUUAGGUCGUUCUCUACUUGUCUAGCUUUUGGUUCGAUAUUGCUCUUUGCCCAUGACUUGUGUUAUGUUUUCAUAUUUGAGCCCAGAACUCGUUGAUAUUAGGUCGUUUGGCCCUCCCUUGGCAAUGCUUUUGAUUUUGUGUUGCAGUGUUUUUGUCUUUUGCAAGGAUGCAACCACUUUGUCAAAUGUUGGGUUUAUGUCUAUAAAUUAAGGCAUUAUAUUUAAGUUUA